AAUUAACUAGUACUAGUGAUUUUAGACUAGACUCUGCAAAACAUGUUAUUUGACUGUGUUUGUCUAAGAAGACUAAAAAAUGAUCGCAUCAAGUGUAGUUUUAAUAAUUAGGCGAAGCAUCAAAUAUGUAUUUAAGAAAAUCGUAAAAAAAAAUGUUCAUACGAAGUUCAUAAAAAUUACUCAUCUUACCUGUAUUACCUAUAGACAACCUGUAUUACCUAUCUACAACGCUUGAAUUAAAAAGUAGUUUUGUAAAACAAAGAGCUUAAAAACCAGGAGGUUCUAUUGUUUACCACUAAUCCCCAAUUGCACACGGUAAAGUUGUAAAACGGUCUCCUAUUGUUUAUUCAUAAGGUACUAGUAAUGUUCUAUUGUAACUGUAUCAAAUUUUGUUAAUUUAAAAGCACUUGAAUAUAUAACCCUGAUUUGUUAGUAAAAAAGUAAAAACACUUUUGAUAUAAUUUUCUUUGUAUCCAUCGAAGGAGAUUAUGUGUAUGAGUAUUUUAUAUUUUCAUAACGAUGUAUCGAUGAUUUCUUCAACAUAAUUUAUUAAUACCUUAUUAUUUGAGUCUUUUUAAUGCUCUAUUUAAUGCACAACUACAGAUAACUAAAUAACGUAUUUAAGAAAUAUAAAAAGAAAUGUCUACGGUAGUUAAGAAUUCAGUUUUCUACACAAAAUAUAAGACCAAGUCUACGGACUACGGCAAAGCGUAGCCUACACGUAGACAAGACCAUACCGGUAUCUACAACAAUACCAAAUCACAAUUCUUAGCUUAGGUAGUUUAAUAAGAAACAUCUGCUUUGGAUUUCUUGAAGUGACUUUUGAAUAAUAACUAUUUAAAAUGAACGGAGCUUCAAAAACAAUAGUGGUGCACACGUGCAAGUUGUAAAGUGAUAACUGUAGCAUUGAGACUACCUGUUCGCAGAAGUGCUUAUUGUUUACAAAGUUCCUUUACUCUAAGUACUUCGACAUGUGCAAGAGAUCACGGCUAUCCCGACUGACUGAAGAUUUAGAAAUCCAUUUCGUGUAAUGUUUUUUGAAUGAUGAGAGAAGGUGCUAUUUUGUAAAGUCGUGAUUAAGAUGUAGAAAGUUUAUUCGCGAAAAGCUUUUUUAUUCGGAUACCACAUUCGAGCAUAAGGUAAUUGAUAUAAAAAGUCAGUAUUGUAAAAUAUUAUACGUAAAUAAAAAGGUAUUUUCGAAAUAGCUCUACAAAAUCCCUAACCUACUAUGAAAAGCUAUUGACGGCAAAAAAUCGUUUCAAAUAUUUGGCUAACACAAGCUUACACGGGUUUAUUAAAACACUCUAAAUGAAAAUCGUUAUCCGGGCAUUUGGAGCGGCGUCCAUAACGAACCCGGCCUCAACAAUGGGCUUAAUGCUCGCACUCAUUACAAAAAGCGACAUAACAUAACGCGCUACGUCGAAAGCUCCUCUAUUCAAAGUGUAUACUCCAGUUUUUUUUGUUGGGAAGGCUUCGGCCGCUACGCUAUUGGUGGGAGAAGGACCCGCCCAGUCGGCGCUGCGCUGCGAUUGGCCGAGGUCAGUGGAGCACCCUCAACGCUAGUCCGGAGCUGAGUAGGCUGUCGAGGUACGAGGGCGGCGCGGGGUGUUCUUCACCCCGAGCACCACUCGAGGGUUGUUUAGUGCGGACGCGGCGUCGUGAGGCGCAGCACGUGUUGACGCGAGUGUGUCUAUAGCCGUCAAGAUUAUCCCGAAGGCGAGUUCUCCCGGACGGGAGAUGAAGUGCGAGGAGGGCGAGAGCGCGCGGUCGCCACCGCCGCUGCUGCCGCCGGCAUCGCUGCUAGCCUGGAGCCCCAUCCUGCUGCCGCCAUGGGGCCCGGCCUUCCUGCCGGCGCUCUACCCGGCGGCCUUCCGCUCAGCGUUCCCCGGACUGCUAGACAGUAUGAAGAUGCCACAGCGACCUGGUUUCCAGAUAUCAGACAUCCUGGGUCUGAAUGAGGGUAAAGGGUUGGAGUCAGCUCCCUCUCAGGGUGCGCUCGGCGGCUGUUCUUUGGAACUGCCUCCGUACGCCCCUCCUCACCACCCAUACUCUCAUGAGCUGCUGAGACACCACCAGCCCUGGCUGUCUUUGGAACAUCACGAUGCACAUAAUAACUGUGUGAUUGGGCAACAAGCUAGCCCAGACAGUACAUCCCGCGCUUCAGAGUUGUCCUACGUCGGUCCAUCAGCAGGAUCCCCGCCGGUGCCGGACGCACGCAAUGACCAUGACCACGACCACGAUCCCGACGACCACGACAUCGAACACGACGACGACCACGACCACGAACCGACCGUGAACCCCGGCUCCGACCCCAGCCUCUCACACAAGAAGCGCAAGCGACGAGUCCUCUUCUCAAAAGCUCAAACUUACGAACUGGAGCGAAGGUUCCGCCAGCAAAGGUACUUGUCAGCUCCCGAGCGCGAACAUCUGGCCAGCUUGAUAAGGCUGACGCCGACGCAAGUCAAGAUCUGGUUCCAAAACCAUAGGUACAAGACCAAGCGGGCUGUACAAGAGAAGGGGGCUCAUGACUUGAACGUUGGCGGGUUGAACUCGCCACGGCGUGUUGCUGUGCCGGUGCUGGUGAAGGAUGGCAGGCCGUGUGUAGGUAAGCCUGAUGGCCUGCCGCCGCUGGGCAUGUCGCUGCCGCCGUACCACCAGUCCAUGCAUCACCAGCCGCCCGUCACUGGCCAUGCUCCCCAAACAGGAGGCUGUUGGUGGUGAAACUACAAAUACAGAGUAUAAGUGAUUUACUAGUCCAAAUGUCGCAGUGCAAAGUGCGGUUUAAUCAACUCUAUAUUUUUAAAAUUUUCAUGUACAUAUUUUUUUUCUAUUUAGUUCUGACGCAGAUAUAAAUACGCUAUCAUUUAUUAACAGGACUCAAGCCUUAACUGAUUAAACCGCAUUUUGUCAGAAUACGACGCACAAAUUAUGAGCAAACGUAUCUUAAUUUUCGUUAUAAAAUUGUUAAAAGUAUUUUUCAGAUCAAAUAGCAACUCGAAUAAUAAGUACUUACUUAAUUGUACUUAAUACGGAAAUUGUAUGGUAUCUGGAGUUCCUAAUUAUUUGUAAUAUAAAUAUGUCUAAUAUUAAUGAGUCUAGCGAAAUUCCCAUCAAUUCGAGCGUUGCUAUAGUGAGCGUUCAUAAGUGAUCAAAACAUUCCAUUUUUCGUGGGAUUUGUAUAUUUGUGUAAAAACCUGUCUCAUUUAGCUAAGUAAAAUUAUGAGAAAAGACCAGAUUUUAUCAGAAUGCAAUAUAUAGAUGUAAGUUUCAGUAUUAUCAAAGUCGAAUAUGCCUAGUUAAUAGUUAUUUAUGUAUAUUUCAAAUAAAGUUUUAUAUUAAUACGUGCGCGAUGCGCGUAUAACUUAGGUGAUAUACGUUGAUGUAUAUGUAUGUAUAUUGUGUAUAUAGAGGUGUGAUUAGUUACCGAGAGUUAGUAUUCUCGUAUCGUUUAGAUAUGGCGCAUAGUUUACCAUCAUUCAUAAAAGUUAGUAGAACAUAAUUAUAAUACAUAUUCAUUAGUACGUUUAGAGCCAUGCUAUUAUUAUACCCACGAUCACACAGUUUUAAGAGUGGUUCCUCUUUACGAUAAGAUGAUAAAUAUUAUGCAAGAUUGUAAAAAUGUGUUACAUAUAAAUUAUUAUCAGAAUAUUAAAAUGAUUGAAAUUA